CCAUUUUGUACGUGCCUCGUCGGCCGUUGGAAACAUGGCACAGGCCAAGGGCGCCAAAAUGUUUAAAAGCCCUCCGAUAUUAAAGCACUUUGAUAAAGUCACCACCACACUUUUCUCCAAGACUGGAGGAGCAUUGAGAAGGGCUGCUUUUGAGCGCCACGUUCACGGAAUUCGGGCUUGCAUCCACACAGCGGGGAUGAUGCUCUGGGAUUCUGGGGAUCGGGGUGUGUGGCGGCGGCGGCUCCAGAGCGGAGCAGCACUGUCUGCACAAUUCCCUUCGCCCUCCAAGUGCCGGGAAGUGAAGUUCCUGGAACUAGGCAGUUCCUAAACGCUAAAGUUCAAAAAUAACAGUAAAAAGGCGAGUCCCAUCCUUAUGCGCCUGAGUCGCAGGGCGAGCGAGGCAGAGGGAAAUGUAGGACACGACACAAGGUGGUCCUUCCUGAGCGAGAGCCAUGGCGGGGACUAGGGCUCUGGAGAGCAGGGUUCUCAUCCUGGCUCCGCCAUGAAGGCAACUCACACACUCUCAGCCUCAGAGCAUGGCAAGGGCAAGGCCUCGCUGAACAAAUCUUGCCCAGAAAGCCCCAUGAGAGGGCCGCCACAAGUCGGGAAAGGCUUGAAGGCACAGGACACACAUGCUUCUGGAUCUCGCUCAGGAUGGGAAGUCAUUUUGAACUUAAGAAGGCGGAAAUGGAGGGCAAAGGCCCUGGAAGAGGGGGGCUUCUGGUCGCCCUGAGGACCAGGCGCCUCAAAAUGGACGGCCUUCCAGGAAAAAAUGAUGGACGUGUCCUGGAAAAGCAGGACCCUGGGUCACCCCGGGACAAGGCGCCUCAAAAUGGAGGCCCUCCAAGCAGCGUAAGCGUAGGGCAUGCCCUAGAGAACAAGGCGGCCCCGUGGUCCCAAGACGAUGGCGAGAGAGAAAAUGGCGGCCCCUUGGCAGCCAAGCGGCUGUUGCCUGAGCGCGGGAAGGGGCGGCCCUGAGGGGAAAGGGGAGGCGGCGGCGGCGGCUCGGAAGAGAAGGGCCGGGCGCCAAAGCGGAUUGGCCGAAGCGAGGCGGGCUUCUUGAACGGCGAGGAAGGGGAGGGGGCCGGAGGGACUGGCCCCAUUGCCAUUUCCCUCCAGACAGAGCUCCAGGACUGAGGCCGCCAUGCACCCGCCGCCCAAGCGCCUCUGCCUCAGCCCCAGCCCUGCUCUGGACGCCAGCUUCCAGAAGCGCCUCAGGAAAGUCUCCAUCGAAGGAAACAUCGCCGCAGGGAAGUCUACCUUUGUCCGCCUGCUAGAGAAAUGCAGCGACGAGUGGGAAAUCAUCCCUGAACCCAUCGCCAAGUGGUGCAACAUCCAGACAACGGAACAUGAGUCCCAAGAGCUUUCAACAUCUCAGAAGAGUGGAGGAAACCUGCUUCAAAUGUUGUAUGCCAAGCCUACAAGAUGGGCUUAUACUUUCCAGACCUAUGCCUGUCUGAGUCGAGUUAAAGCACAAUUAAAACCAGUUUCUGCAAAACUCCAUGAAGCUGAACAUCCGGUGCAGUUCUUUGAGAGAUCAGUGUACAGCGAUAGGUAUGUGUUUGCUUCCAACUCAUUUGAAUCAGGAGACAUCAAUGAAACAGAAUGGGCAAUUUAUCAGGACUGGCAUGCAUGGCUUCUGAACCAGUUUGAGUCCAACCUGGAGCUAGAUGGUAUUAUCUACCUCCGAACAACUCCCGAGAAGUGCAUGGAAAGGCUGAUCCGCAGAGGAAGAGAAGAAGAACAAGGAAUUCAGCUGGAAUAUCUAGAAAACCUCCACUAUAAACAUGAAACUUGGCUUCAUGAGAGGACAAUGAAGGUGGAUUUUGACAACCUGAGAGACAUACCCAUUCUGGUUUUAGAUGUUAAUGAAGAUUUCAAAAAUGAUGACAUAAAACAAGAAUACUUAUUGGAAAAAGUAAGUAUCUCUCCUGUACCAUUGUUUUUAAAUCUCUGUUGCUGGAUUCAGUUCAAUAUACAGUUUGUACUUUAAAAGUUCUGUAGGUAUUGCUAAUUCUUUGUAAGUCAGCCUCUUUUCACUUUGCUUUCCCUGAAAUAAUAGCUCUUGGCUAGCAUGUGCCACAAACCAGUCAAACUCUUGUAUUUGAUGACAGUUCUGUUGGCCAAUUCAACAGAAGCACUGAUUUAGUCUAGUGGCUUGAGUCCAUAUCUGAAUAGUGCAACACAGUGCUUAGCUAGGAUGUAAAACAAACAAGUGAGGACCAUUUUUCCCCUAAUGUGCCAGGGACACGUGCUGAAUUAGUAGACCAGCAGCUACAACUCUUUUUUCUCUCUUAGAAACUGCAGACUGGCAGCCAAUAACACUUGGCUGCUCCAGGGAUCACCACUAUAACUAGCACUGGUGUCAAAUACACAGAAUACCAUCAAAUUAAGGCAUAGUUUUUUUUUCUCCUGGGUUUAACAUACAACUUGUAAAGCCCAAACCAAACAUCCAUGUAUUAAAAGUGUAUGUGCUAGUCUGGUUAUUAAGUAGUGAUAGGUGGUGCUUUAGAAACAAAUUCAUAUGCAGGACAGACAUCAGAUUUGAUUUAUAUCCUCAUUCCCAAAGGAGGUUUUUCCUUAAGUCUAGGUCAGUUUAGAUACUGAGGGAGCUUUGGCUGCACAGAAAUUAAACCAGGGAAGGGGGAAUUCCUGUCCCUAUUUCUUCUUUGAAGUCAGCUUCCCCACCUUUGAUUUACAAACAACUGAAUCAAUGCACCUGUCUAGUUUAGUACUAGGA